UUGAGAUGACACUCGCCAUGGAUUCGACCGUGGUGCUGCUGUGUUGUCUCCUCGGCUCAUCUUCUGCCGAUCCCGUUGUUGAGGGAUCUCUGGGGAAAAUCUCCGGAACAAUCGAAAAAAUUCUUGACGUAGAAGUGGAGGCUUUUCUCGGCAUACCCUACGCUAAACCACCCGUCGAAGAGCUCAGGUUCGCUAGGCCGGAACCUUUUGGACCUGUGGGGAACUUGGAAGCCACAGAGCUGCCGCAACAAUGUCCGCAGUUCCCCAUGCAUGGCUCGGGUCGAUACUCCGAUAUCGAGGAUUGUCUGUAUCUUAACGUUUAUCGCAAACGAGGAACAACGCCAGAAGAUAAGAAACCGGUUUUGGCGACGAUCCAUGGCGGUUCAUACUCCGCUGGAUCAUCGGCAGACGUGAAUCAAAGCGCGAAAAGCUUGGUCGGCUUCGGUGAUGUGAUUCUCGUCAGCUUCAACUAUCGACUCGGGAUAUUGGGCUUCGCGGACAUGAAAGGAAACGCUCCAGGCAACUUGGGCCUACACGACCAGCGUCUUGCGCUCAAAUGGAUAAAGGAAAACAUCGCGGACUUCGGCGGAGACCCGGAGAAGGUCACCCUCAUGGGCGACAGCGCCGGCUCGAUGUCUGUCGCUGCACAAAUCGUAUCAAUCGCCGACAGUGACCAAUUGUUCCACGCCGCCAUAUUGGACGGAGGAGUCGUGGCCAGCAACGGCUACUUGGAAGACUCUGAGAGCAGUUUCACGAGGAUAAAAAGAAUUGCCGAAAUCGUCGAAUGUCCAACAGAAUGCUCCGUCGGAAUGGUGACGUGUCUUCGGAGCCUUCCUGUCGCUGCUCUACUCGCGAAUUCGACCACAACUUACGGCUCCACCAGAAUCUCGAUGUUCAUGCCGACCACCGACGGCGUUUUCCUCCCGGAGGACGUGCAAGCCUACGUAGCGAACGCUUCCUCGCGCCUGCCCAAAAUCCCUAUCAUCAUCGGCUACUCGCUUGAUGAGGGCUCGUUCUUCCUGGGCAGCGUGGGCGAUCGUGAAAUCGAAGGCUCGAACUUCGAUUACACGAGAGAAUACUCAAGAUCUGAAAUAUUGGAUUUCUGUUCUAACAUCGGCGCGACGUUCAAUUUUCCAUUCAAUGCCAGCCAGGGUGACAUAAGAGAGAAAAUCGGCAAGGUUUACGUAGAUGAAAACUCCGGUGUAGCGAAGGAAGCUCUCUCCGCUUUCUUAUCUGAUGGCUUGUUCAAGUGUCCCAUCAAUGCUUUCAUCAGGGAUUAUUCACGCCACAGCGAUAAGGUGUUCGCGUAUCAGUUUGACCGAAAGCUUAAAAAGACUUAUUUUAAGCUUCUGGAUCCAUCGGUUUUAGGAGUUUUCCAUUAUUCUCCUUACUUGCACUUUGCGGGCGUGAUAUUCCUAGACGAAGGGCCUGUCGACGAAGAGGACAGGAAAUUCGCGCUCGAUGCCAUGGACACCAUCGCUAACUUCAUCAAGUCAGCUGGAGCUCCGAAAUUCCGCGGCGUCGAAUGGCCUGAAUUCUCGAGCUCGGGGAAAGUCUUUAUCUUUGACGAGACGCCAAAGGUAGCGGGGAGCCUUUCUAGAGAACAGGUCUGCAAGGAGUUGUUCUCGAUUGACCGUGUCGCUUGAGCUCGAUUAGCUGGAGAGGGAUAUCUUGUUUUGAUCUUCACAUUGAGUAGGGACUCCUCGCUGCGAGCGCCCAAUCCAAGUCUCAUGCUCGUGAAAAUAAAUCUUUCGUUUGUUCACCUCGUACAGGGGAA